CUGUUAUGAAAACAGGAAGAGACACAUGAAUACAUGUCUGCUGUAAGUUUUUUAAAUGUUUGGAUGAAUGUGUGAGAUUUUUUGCCUGUCUGUGCCUUUGUCUGCUUUUCUAUUUGUCUUCCUGUUGAAAUGUCCAUUGAUGCAGCUGUCCACUGUGUGUCCAACCAUGCAGUGUUGCUCGUUGCCGUGUUUUUGCACAAAUCUCCCUUCCCGCCUUACCAGAGAGGAUUCUUCUGCAAUGACAACAGCAUCAGGCUGACCUAUAAAAGCAGCACGGUGUCCACCACCAUGCUCACAGCCGUGGGCGUCUCUGUGCCCGUGGUCUCAAUCAUCAUUGGGGAGAGCUACAGGAUCUACUUUCUGAACGAGGGAUCCAAGUCUUUUGUAGGGAACCCCUAUAUAUCUGCUCUAUACAAGCAGGUGGGCGUGUUCAUUUUUGGCUGCGCCAUCAGCCAGUCCUUCACUGACAUCGCCAAAGUAUCAGUGGGCCGCAUGCGUCCCCAUUUCCUCGAUGUGUGCAAACCUGACUUCUCCACUAUCAACUGCUCCCUGGGUUACAUCACUGACUACCAGUGUCAGGGGCCAGAGAGCAAAGUUCAGGAGGCCAGGAAGUCUUUCUUCUCUGGACAUGCAUCAUUCUCCAUGUACACCAUGCUAUACCUGGUGUUUUACCUGCAGUCUCGUUUCACUUGGCAUGGAGCUCGCCUUCUGCGACCUCUGACCCAGUUCACCCUCAUCAUGAUGUCUUUCUACACCGGCCUGUCCCGUGUCUCUGAUCACAAACACCACCCCACUGAUGUCCUGGCGGGCUUUGUGCAGGGAGCCCUGGUGGCCUAUUGCAUAGUAUUCUUUGUGUCAGAUCUGUUCAAGCCCAGAGGCAGACGUUCUAAUCUGUCGCCAACCCCUGUGAAGAAAGAUCUUGUUCCUCCAGCAGACAUCAGAGAGCGGAGCAAUCAUCUCAUUAUGGCAUAGAGAAGACUGCACACUGACUGUACAGAGCCCUGACCUGUGCCAUUUAAAUCACUGCUACAGCCACUGGUAAAUACUGGAUAAAAUAAACUCACAACAAUCUGGAUAAUGCAGACAAAUAUGGAAUCUCGGAGGAUGAGAAGAGCCUACGGAAAACAGUCAACCAAGUUUUGCUCUCUCAGCGGAAAGUUUCAUCUUUUUCCUCAUGCUCACCAGACAUUUUAAUGUGGAAAAGAGAGAGGACAAGGGGUAUUUGCACCUCUUCUAUUAUGAAGAUUAUUAUAUUUUCUCCUCUGUCAAGGCCUUUCCAUGGACAAAAGUCUGACAUGAACCAAAACUGAGAAAUGGCAGCUGUACACAAAGCUGUGUGUGGCUUUUGUGCCUUCUCCCCUCAGCUGCAUCCAGCAUGGGAGCUACACUAAUAUUCCUGCCACUUCCUCACUGUGAGACUAAUACGAACAAAUCACGACGAAAAAACAAAUUCCUAGAUUUCAUAAAGGAUGUUGUUUUUGCUUGGUUUUAUUAAAAACAUAAUAUGUGUGUUUUAUAGCACUAUUUUAGCUAAACUCAGUACUGUUUGUCACCACUUGAAUUACCUGAAGUGAAGCUUUUGGAAAGCUUUGUAAGACUUUUUUAAGCUUUUGUUUUGCCCAUAAUGUCGUGUUCCUUAGAAGGUGCACAUUAGUCACAGUAGGUGGAAAGUACAGUGAGAGCGUAUGCGUUAGACGUGGGCCUCUUUCUGCUGGAUAGGACGAGCCCCCACUGAGCCAUUUAAUGAAAUGACUGUUAUAUGUACCACACGGGUGCUCACAAGUGUUAGGUCGAAGUGUGCGUCAGAGUGUGUUUGUCCCUUGCAUGUGCUCACAUGCAGUGUAUGUCUUUGUGUGUGUCUUUUGUUGAGGCCUUUCUGAGAGUGAGUGCCAGUGUAUCUUAAUGUCAUGUCUAUAUAUUUUAGUGUUUAUAGCCUACAAGUGUGCCUCUCUUCAGCCAGAGGUUAGGCACCUGCUCCAACAGACACAUGUAACACGAGACGGGAAGACUGUGGAAAAAAAGCAUCACAAGCAGCUUAUGUACUUUACUGUUAACAAUCAUAGUGACAAUUCAUGUCGCUGAGGAAUCCUGUUAUAUACUGUAUGCCACACAGGCAUAUAUGUACUUAAAGGGGGCCUAUUUUGCUUAUAUUCCGGUUCAUACUUGUAUUUUGAGUUUCUACUAAAACGUGUUUACAUGCUUUAAUAGUCCAAAAACAAUUAUUCUGUCUGAGAGAACGUGUCUGAAAUGCUUCAUUUCAGUGGCUGUUUCUCUAAGACCCCCCCCCAAAAAAAGCCCAGUCUGAUUGGAUUUGUCAGUAUUUCCGGGUCUUUUGUAUCUAUGCUCUCAGCGUCUCUGCACCCUCUUUGCAGCUGAGGACAUGACUGUAAGUGCGACUAGCAACACUUUCUACCAUGAAAAGUCACCUAUUAGAAUGUCUAAACACAACCUGACAAGUUCAAGCAGGAAUGUUAUCCAAAAUCAGGGUCAAAAUAACAAUAUCAGCAACCAAGAUAGCAUGUUUCCCUGAUAUUGAUAUGGGAAUCAUAUAUGUAGUGCACAUGAGAGAAGUUUGCCUUCAAGGUUUUUAACCCAUACCAUCAUUGUUUCCUAAACCUAACCAAAAAAGGACUUUCUAACAGAAAGCCCCGAAGGCGAUAGUCUCCCAACAGAGCAUGUAGCUACCUGUAGCAUUGUGCUUGUAAUGGGGGAAUGACUGUGUAGAGUGACACUCAACUGAUAAAAAUCACCAACAAAACCUUCUAAACACAAACAUAAGACAUGUUCCAGCAGGAAUAAGAUCAAAAAAUGGGAAGAAAUUUGCAACACUGGCAGCCAGUAUUCCAUGUUUCCCUGAUGUUAGUAUGUACCUAAAUGCAGCAGAAUGUAAACACUUGCAGUAGCAUGUCUGGAGCAGAUAAACAUAAAAAUAAAUUAUUAAUUAUAGUCUGACAUCAGCUCGUAGCCAGAGUAGAAAACUUUGGCCACAAUAUCUGUCAUUAUAACAUUCAAUAUUCUUAACAUAUAUAUGACAGAUAUGGAAAAAUAUGGAAAAAGCAUAAUCGGCCCCCUUAAAUGGUAUAUCUCAUUAAGUCUUGUAAAGUAAUACAAUAGGGCUGGCUAUAAGGGUCUGCAUUAUAAUAGACAAAAAUCUUUAUCUUGAAUUUUAAGCAAUACUGAUGCUGCAUUUGCAUGACAUUAAUGUUAUGAACUUUUUAGUAAAAAAACAAAACAAACAAAAACACUUAAAACCACUGACUGGAAGCAUCUUCCUAACUCAGUUUAAGUUACUGAGACUAGGGAUGGGACGAUACACGAUUGUAAUGAAAAUCGUGAUUUAAAAAAACACAAGCUGACAGAGGUGAAUUUCCAUUAAUGGGAUAAUUGUGAAUAAUAUGUUCAGCAGCAUCCAGAGAGACUGCUGGGAAACCAAGAAUUAAAGAGACUGCAAAACAGGCUGCAUACACACCAACCACAAAAAAUAGCAAAAGAUCUUACCCAAGCAUUGAAGUAUUUAAUAUCGAAAGAUAUAAUUUCAUUUAAAAAUGUUUUUAAAGAAAGCCUGACUUUUUAAGAUUGUUUAGUUUUCUGUAAAAGAGAUGUUCACUAAAAGAAGAUGUGGGUCCCAUCCAUAAUGUAAUGAAAAUAUAUCUUUCUUAACAAAAUGUAAGGUAAAUUGAUUCCAAAAUGUUUUAGUGCCAUGUUUAGAGUUUUCAGCAUAUUUUGAUAUUAUCCAGAUAUCUUAAAUUGCAAUUAUUUUGACCAGGAUAAUUGUGACAUCAAAAUUUCUCAUCGUCCCAUGCCUGUAACUGAGACAAACUUUAUAGACGUUAAUAAGGAAACCCUUUUCUUCUUAACACCUCUUGAAUAUUUGCUAUAUAUGGGAUCAGAAAAUUCCAUACUUGUAUAAUACUGUAUCAUGUAUAUAUAUACAGUAUAUUUUUUGAAAUGGCCACUAUGACUUGUGUGUUGAGACCUGUGUAAAUGUCAAACAUGCUGCUUUAAAGAGGCAAAGCUUGGCAAAUGUCAUCUAGUGAAGUUGACAACUUGUGAAUAUUAAGUUCAAUGAAAAACAAAGCUCUCAAAGCAGACAGCUUCAGUACAUGUUUAUUAAGAUAAAUGCCUUUCAGUAUUUUUGUAAUGUCGUGAAAUUUUGUACUAUGCAACUGUAAGACGUAUGAAAGAUAAAAUAUCUUUAAUAAAACACAAAAGAUCAACAGCAGCAUACUGUGAUCUUUAUUUCA